AAUAUAGUCAGUCAUGCGAGAGGAAUCAACCUGGACUCGGAGUAUUUUAUUCUUUCGGACGAUAACAACAGCAACAGUGACUGGAGAAGAGAGCGCCAGGCAACGCGUGCAUCCUCGAGCGCAGCGCCAGCGGAGGAAUAUCGACGUUGUUUAUUCUUCGGCUUGUUGUUCGUUUUCUAUUUUAUGAUUAACCCACAGCAUCACGUGUGAAGCUUUUGUAACGCCGAAAGUCACGACAACUUCUUCCUACUUCAAGAGUCUUGUUUUCAAUAAGGAAACUAGCCUUCUUUCGGUGUGUUAAAGAGGAGAGCGGCCGUCGAAGAGAGCGUCCCUCUCUCAGGACGGAAUGGCGGUUGCCGUAGCAACGGGCGGGGUUCCUCCCACUGAGCGCGUGCGCUGAGGCCUAGUCCUGGCCCUACCAGCAGCCCGACAGCUCCUGCUCCCGCCGCCCGGCCGCGGCGUGACGUCCCUGAAGCCCAACAAACAGCGUCCGCUGCAGCGGCGGUUGGAAGCAGCUCCUCAGGAGAGGGAACAAUGGUGCGCAGGUUUGUGUGCGUAACGGCAGGACGAGGGCCCGGCCUUCAGCUCUGAUCCCGGCUCAUCGGGGCUAGCCGCGCCGCCGCGGCGCCCGCUAAUGUGGAGCAACACCUCCGACGACAGACAUGAAGUGACCGUGCAGACGUCUCGGCCAAUCAAAGACUGCCGAGGCCCGAAGGCCAGGUGGAGGCGGGAGAAACGCUCCCGUUGUACAGCGCGCUGUUCUCCAGAAGACGCUUAUGAAAUUGAAAAUAGAGAAUGGAUAUUUUUGUAUGAGCCCAAACAGAACAUUUCUCUGAGGCAGAGAUGUGGAAAUGGCUGGGAGUGGGUGUAAUUAUGAGGGCCUAGAUAAAGAUAAAGCGUGUAUGUCUUUUUUUUGGGUUUUUUUCCAGUUAUAAAAAGUGUGUGCUUGCGUGCGUUUGAGAAUGCCCAUGUGCUUAAAUCCCUCCUCUUAUAUUUAAACCCCUCCCCCUUCCAUUGGGAAUCUGACUGACUGUUGACAGGCGGCUGUCAGUGGGGUUGGUGCACCUGGGGUGGGUGUAGCUGUAGGAUGGUGUUGAUGUAGGAUGGGUGUAGCUGUAGGAUGGUGUUGAUGGUAGGGUUGGUGUACUUGUAGGAUGGUGUUGAUGUCGGGUGGGUGUACUUGUAGGAUGGUGUUGAUGUAGGGUGGGUGUAGCUGUAGGAUGGUGUUGAUGUAGGGUAGGUGUAGCUGUAGGACGGUGUUGAUGUAGGGUUGGUGUAGCUGUAGGAUGGUGUUGAUGUAGGGUGGGUGUAGCUGUAGGAUGGUGUUGAUGUAGGGUUGGUGUAGCUGUAGGACGGUGUUGAUGUAGGGUUGGUGUAGUUGUAGGAUGGUGUUGAUGUCGGGUGGGUGUAGCUGUAGGAUGGUGUUGAUGUAGGGUAGGUGUAGCUGUAGGACGGUGUUGAUGUAGGGUUGGUGUAGUUGGAGGAUGGUGUUGAUGUAGGGCGGGUGUAGCUGUAGGAUGGUGUAUCUCUUGGUGAGUGACGCUCCUCUCCUCCUCCAGGUGUCGGUGGCCAUGAUGAGUCCGCAGGUGAUCACCCCCCAGCAGGUGCAGCAGAUCCUCCAGCAGCAGGUCCUCUCCCCGCAGCAGCUCCAGGCCCUGCUCCAGCAGCAACAGGCCGUCAUGCUGCAGCAGCAACAUCUACAGGAGUUUUAUAAGAAGCAGCAGGAGCAGUUACACCUGCAGCUCCUGCAGCAGCACCCAGGCAAGCAGGUGAAAGAGCAACAGCAGCAGCAGCAGUUGGCGGCGCAGCAGCUCGUGUUCCAGCAGCAGCUCCUCCAGAUGCAGCAGCUCCAGCAGCAGCAGCACCUGCUCAGCCUGCAGAGGCAGGGGCUCAUCUCCCUGCCCCCCGGCCAAGCUGCCCUGCCGGGCCAGACGCUUCCGCAAGCUGGCCUGAGUCCCGUGGAGCUCCAGCAGUUAUGGAAAGACGUGACGGGCCCUCACAACAUGGACGACGGGGUCAUUAAGCACGGCGGCCUCGACCUCAGCACCUCCUCCUCCUCCUCCUCCACUACCUCCUCCGCCGUCUCCAAGGCCUCGCCGCCCGGCGCCCACCACUCCAUGGUGAACGGCCAGCCCAGGAGGGAGAGUGUGCCGCAGGAGGAGACGGCGGUGUCACACUCCCUGUAUGGACACGGAGUCUGCAAGUGGCCCGGCUGCGAGAGCAUCUGCGAUGACUUCGGACAGUUUCUCAAGCACCUGAACAGCGAGCACGCCCUGGACGACAGGAGCACGGCCCAGUGCCGGGUACAGAUGCAGGUGGUGCAGCAGCUGGAAAUUCAGCUUUCUAAAGAACGUGAGCGUCUCCAGGCGAUGAUGACCCACCUGCACAUGAGACCCUCUGAGCCCAAGCCUUCCCAGAAACCGCUGAACUUGGUUUCGAGUGUCACCAUGUUGAAGACCCUGCCCUCGGCAUCCCCCCCGCUCUUACCUCAGACCCCCACGGCGCCGGCCGCCCCGGUGACCCCGCUGUCCCAGGGGCCCUCCGUGCUCAGCCCGGCCAGCAUGGCCAGCGGGGGGGCCAUCCGCCGACGCCACUCCGACUCCAUCAAACACUCGCUCAGCAUGUGCUCAGAGAUCGCCCCGAACUACGAGUUCUACAAGAACGCCGACGUCAGGCCCCCGUUCACCUACGCCACGCUCAUCAGGCAGGCCAUCAUGGAGGCCAGGGACAAUCAGCUCACCCUCAACGAGAUCUACAGCUGGUUCACCACCACCUUCGCCUACUUCAGACGCAACGCCGCCACGUGGAAGAACGCGGUGCGGCACAACCUGAGCCUGCACAAGUGCUUUGUGCGCGUGGAGAACGUGAAGGGGGCGGUGUGGACCGUGGACGAGCUGGAGUACCAGCGGCGGAGGUCGCAGAAGAUGACGGGAAGUCCAACGCUGGUUAAAAACCUGCCGUCUGGUCUGGGCUAUGGAGCUGCUCUCAACGCCAGCCUGCAGGCUGCGUUAGCUGAGAGCAACAUGCCGUUGCUGGGCAACGCUGGUUUGAUGAACAGCAGCUCAACGGGGCUGAUCCACGGCUGCUCCCCCGACCAGCUGAACGGCUGCCUGGACCAGCUGGACUCCAACGGACACAGCAGCCCCGCGUACUCCCCGCUGCACACCUACAGGCUACCGAUCCACAUCAAGGAAGAGCCGUUGAACAUGGACGACGAGGAUUGUCCGAUGUCAUUAGUAACGACAGCCAAUCACAGUCCGGAGCUGGACGACAGGGAGCUGGAGGAGGGGAAUUUGUCGGAGGACUUGGAAUAGCGUGGCCCGAGGAGACAGACGGAGGGGCAGUGCUCACGCCAGACUCGAAUCGCGACUAUUUAUUGAGCAUGCGUCACGGAGACGGCCCCACGGACCUCGUUCUUCAACAAAUUUGGGACCCGGAAAAGACGAGUGGGGGGAAAACUCUCGGUUUAUAACCGACAAAGACUUCCUUCCUUAAUAAACUGGGUGGCUUGGCCACAGGAACACACACACACAAAAA